ACAGACACACACAUACACACAUACAGCACAGACACACAUACUUACAUACAUACAAUACAAUACAGUACAGUACACAACAUACAGACACAUCCAUAUAACACACAAACACAUUAUACAAAGCGCCGCCAAAAUGGUAGAUCUCGGGGGUUAUGUUAUUGUGUUAGUCGAGCAAAACAGCAAAAUCAAAAUCUAUGGUUCAGCGGCAGACAGGAGUGAUUGCGAUGAAAUACUUGAGAUCAAUGGCAAAUCAUUAGAUGAUUCAACGCAUCAGCAAAUUAUACAACACAUACAUCAGUGUAUUAGGUCGCGCACUAUCUGCUUGAGAGUCAAGCGGCGAACAUCAGGCAAAUUAGCCAUCGACACGUCUCUGAUCGACGCGUUUGUCAUCGGAUCCCGAGCUCGUGAACACCUCCAACACAUUGCCAAAGAUAAUACUAUAACGCCUCGAGAUAUCGCUCAGCUCUCAAAGAUUUUAUGUGAGUCGUCGACUACGACAACGUCUGAAGAGACUAAUAACAAAGUGAUAGUAAACACAACAACCAUCACUGCCACGACACAUCUCGCCGACGAAGACGACGAGUCCAUUACCACUGAUAGACCACAAGCAGCUGAUCUGCAAACGAUAGAUCAAAACAAUACAAAGACAAUAAUUGAUUCGCAAGUCGUCGACAACGACGACGACGUCGAAGAAAUACUAGACUAUCAACUAAACGACGAUAAUAUGGAAUUAGUUGAGUUAAGUGGUUCCCAUAAUUUGUCGCCAACCAGACAGUCGACUACAACAACCACACACAGGGAACUGCCUGUUGAUGUCCCGGAAUCCUUUGUCGGUGUUGUUAAACAAACUCCUCGAUACCCUCCACCCCCACAUCCACCUCCAGCCCCACCGCAACGCACAUCAUCGCAAGCGCCACAAAAUGAUAAAUUAAAAAAAUAUUCAGAAGAAUUAAGCCAUAAAAAAGCCGAAGAAGAAUUUCUACGAUCGAGUCUGAGAGGUAGCAAAAAGUUGCAACAAUUGGAACAGUUUAAGACAUUAACAGCAACAACAACAACAAUGACCAACAAAGACAACAACAAAGAAUUAGAAGCGAUGGUCAACGAUGCCUUUGAAGACGAUGAAGAUAUCGACGAUGACUACGACAACGAUCAACAUAUGGGCAGCACUGAGGCCAACAACAAAGUUCCGUCUCCAGACCUGAACGUAGUAUUGGAACGCCUUAUAAAUAAUCUGAACGGAGAAGUCAAGGAUCUAAUAAAUCAAUCAAAUUUAGCCAAACUUAUAGCAAUCUAUACAACUAUUAUGCAAACACAACAAAAGCAAAAGCACCGAUCAUUACUACCCCAACCACCCAUCAUCACUACUACUACUACUUCUACUACAAGUAGUACAACAACCGCUUCCAAUAAUAAUAACAACAACAAUACAGCCGAUCUCGUCCAAGAGGUGAUCCAAUUGUUACAGGAAGAGGCAUUAAAUACCGAAGCGGCCGAACUGUUAGAAAUAUUAACCCGUUUCGAGUUGGAGGGCCUUUGUUAUGCAUACGAUCACAUCGCACAGUCAUCCAAAACCCAACUGAGCUCCUCAUCAACAUACCUGAGCCCCAAUCAAGACAUCACUGUCGACAAAAGUGAAGUCGAGAUUCUGGACGAAGUAAUGGAUGACUCGUCUGUCAAAGUGGUCCGCAUCGAGAAGUCUUCGUGCGAGCCAUUGGGCGCUACCGUACGCAAUGAACAGGACGGCAGUGUCAUCAUUGGCCGUAUUGUCAAAGGAGGUGCCGCCGAAAAGUCCGGUUUACUUCACGAAAACGAUGAGAUAUUGGAAGUGAAUGGCAUUGAAAUGAAAGGCAGAAAUGUUAACCAAGUAUGCGAUCUGUUGGCCGAAAUGACUGGAACUCUAACAUUUGUGAUUGCAAUCCGCGAUAACAUUAAGGAUAGUGAGUCCAUACCUCAUCAGAUGAUUCAUUUGAAAGCACUGUUCGAUUACGAUCCCGAUGAGGACCUAUACAUUCCGUGCCGUGAACUGGGAAUUUGCUUCAAUAAAGGUGAUAUUUUGCAUGUCAUCGAUCAGAGUGACAUGAACUGGUGGCAGGCAUACCGAGAGGGCGAACACGACCAGUCAUUAGCUGGACUCGUACCAUCCAUCCAUUUCCAAAUUCAGAGAGAAACUAUGAAACAGUCCGUAUUAAAUGACAGCACAAACAUAUCGACCAUUAAUAGUAAGAAUAGACAAAAUAAUAAUAAGAAGACGAGUGCCUCAUCUCUUCUGCUAAAUUGUGGCAAAAAGUCAGUCCACAGGAAGAAAAAGCAUCGGAAAUCUCAAAACUUUAUGUCACCCAAUGAUGAGAUACUCAGCUAUGAAGAGGUCUCUCUAUACUAUCCCAGGGCUAACAUUAAGCGGCCAAUCGUAUUGAUCGGACCGACAAAUAUAGGCCGCCAUGAGCUAAGACAGCGUCUGAUGCACGACACGGAUCGGUUCGCAGCUGCCGUUCCCCAUACAUCCAGAUCGAGAAGAGAUGGGGAAAUCGAUGCCAUAGAUUAUCAUUUUAUUUCAAGACAACAGUUUGAACAGGACAUCAAAGAUGGUCGAUUUGUAGAGCACGGGGAGUAUGAACGCAACUACUACGGCACCUCACUGUCAGCCAUCGAAACAGUGGUUCAAUCGGGAAAAAUAUGUGUCCUUAAUCUUCACGUCCAUUCCAUACCAUUGCUUAGACAGGGACAGGCGGGUGCAAAACUCAAGCCUUACUUCGUGUUCGUAACGCCUCCGCCACAGAUUGAAAAAUUGAAUCGUUUGAUGUCAAUGACGACAAGCAAUCCACAGCAUCAUCAUCAACAACAACAACACCAUCACCACCACUACGACACAAAUAAUAGCAGUUCAACAGAUCUGCAGUCCAUUAUCGACGAGGCCAGGGAUAUUGAGGCCCGUUAUGGCCAUUACUUUGACAUGAUUUUGUCCAUCACUGACAUUGAAAGAGCUUACCAGGAGUUGCUCAGAGAGAUUAAUGCAUUAGAGAGAGAACCUCAAUGGAUACCAAACCAAUGGUUGAGGUAGUAGUAGUAGUAGUAGAUUGUAGUUGUAGUAGAAGUAGUAGUAGUAAUAAAAUAAUAGUGUUGGGCGUUAUGUGACCACCAAAUUGUCAACCAAACCUAACAAAAAAAAUUAAUAAUAAAAAUAUAAUUUUACAUUUUUGUAUAAAU